AUGAGCAUCGCAAUCCAAGCACCUCGCAGUUUGGAGCCUCUUUACUGCCAGGGAUUAUACAACGGUCGCCUUGAAUCGACCUCGCUGGAUCAGUCGUACCAGAACACCGGAACAUCGCAUCUCAUGUCAGCCAUGACUAGUGGUCACAAUCCGCGCCAUGCUUAUGGCGGUUAUCCGGCGCCCCAACCUAGGGCGCCCCAGUACGACCCCGUCCAGGCGUCGCCCUCGCAAUUCGCUCCGGGCCAGACACCUCCAGCCCAGAUGCAGCGAUUGCCCAUGAUGACACCUCCCGCGCCGAUGCCCGCCUCCUCGACCCCGACUUUGACGCAAUCCCCGUCUUGCAGCAGGAAGCUGGCUCCUACGUGGGGUACUCUCCCACUUCUGAGCCCGCUUCUCCCACUCCUCCUUUCACUCUUACCAUUCGGCAAGAGCCUGACCGCGCUAAAGUCGUUCUCGGUAAAGACAAAGCCGGUUGACCCGCCCCCGAUCUUGCAGCUCGAAGUUCCCCGCAAAACAACCACAUCCUCCAAAGUGAGCCCUUACCACUUUGUCAUGGCUUUCUUAAUCGACGAAAAGGAAGACACGCCCGUUUCGUGCCAAAAUGGCAACCCGCUCUUCGGAACACAAGUGUCGAGCCUGCACAAGCUCAAGGACACCAACAACCAAGACGGCGGAUUCUUUGUUUUCGGAGAUUUGUCUGUAAAGGUGGAAGGGAAAUUCCGACUCAAGUUCACGCUCUACGAAGUUUCGAACGGCGAGGUUGUUCAGCUCGGCGACAUCACAUCCCGCGUCUUCGAGGUUUACUCGCCCAAGCACUUCCCCGGAAUGGAGGAGUCUACCUUCCUUACCCGCUCGUUUAGCGACCAAGGCGUACGGUUGCGACUACGAAAGGACUCUAGGAGCAUGACCACACGGAAGAGGAACAGCCAGGCCGCGAAACUCGCCGACCAGAUGUCUCAGCAACGAUAUCAGCCCCGAGCACGCAUCGAGCCCCCUCCCCCUUCAGCCUACGAGAGCAUGCAUCAGGGUAACGGCUGGUGGACUAGCCACAGCAGCCCUCAUACUCCUGGGCCAGUCAGCGCCACCGGGCCGCCGAGCGCUGGACCCUAUGGCCCCCGAGCCAGUCUGGAGGGUACGGCGCAGAGUCUACAGCUCCACGAUACGGCCCGCAAUAAUUUAAUACGGUCAAUCUUAAGCUAUCAUGACACACAAGGAACGACAAUACAUGACAUCGCAGCGGAUACCCUAGGAAAUCUUUAA